AGCACUUUUAUCAACAGACCUGCCCUAGGGAUUUUACCUCCAGAGAACUUUGCGGAAAGACUGAAGGAAUCUUUGUUAUCAGUGGCUCCUAAGGGCCUGCCACAGGUGAUCACCAUGUCUUGCGGAUCCUGCUCUAAUGAAAAUGCCUUUAAAGCAAUAUUUAUGUGGUACAGAAACAAGGAGAGGGGCCAUAAUAAUGUCACCAAAGAGGAACUGGAAUCUUGCAUGAUUAACCAGCCCCCCGGCUGCCCCGACUACGCCAUGCUCUCCUUCAUGGGCGGCUUCCACGGAAGGACCCUGGGUUGCUUAGCUACAACUCACUCUAAAGCAAUUCACAAAUUGGACAUUCCAUCCCUGGACUGGCCUAUUGCUCCAUUUCCAAGGCUAAAGUAUCCUCUGGAAGACUUUGUGAAGGAGAACCAACAGGAAGAAGCCCGUUGUUUAGAGGAGGUGGAAGACCUGAUUGUAAAGUACAGGAAAAAGAAGAAGAUUGUGGCUGGGAUCAUUAUAGAACCAAUACAGUCAGAGGGUGGGGACAAUCAUGCUUCAGAUGACUUCUUCAGGAAGCUACGGGAUAUUGCCAGAAAGCAUGGUUGUGCGUUCUUGGUGGAUGAGGUGCAGACAGGAGGUGGCUGCACAGGAAAAUUUUGGGCACAUGAACAUUGGGGCCUGGAUGACCCAGCUGAUGUGGUAACAUUCAGUAAGAAGAUGAUGACAGGAGGAUUUUUCCACAAAGAGGAGUUCAGGCCAAAUGCUCCCUAUCGGAUUUUUAAUACCUGGCUUGGAGAUCCAUCCAAGAACCUUAUGCUUGCUGAAGUCAUUAAGGUUAUUAAAAGAGAAGACCUUCUAAACAAUGCAACCCACGCCGGGAAAGCACUACUGACUGGGCUGCUGGAUUUACAGGCUCGUUACCCUCAUCUUAUCAGCAGAGUGAGAGGAAGAGGAACAUUCUGUUCGUUUGACACUCCAAACGAUGCAACUAGAAACAAGUUAAUUACAAUAGCCAGAAACAAAGGUGUUGUGCUGGGAGGCUGUGGCGACAGAUCGAUUCGUUUUCGUCCAACAUUGAUCUUUAAGGAUCAUCAUGCGCACCUCUUUCUGAACAUUUUCAGUGACAUCUUAGCAAACUUCAAGUAAAAAGCAGUUCCCUCGCACUGAACAGCUGACUAUGAAAUUAGUUUGCAUUAAUUCAUCUCUUCUGUACUUACAAGAUAAGUGUAAAGUCAUAAACUAAGGUUUGUGUUCUGUCUGUAAUCCCACCCAAGGCAAGCUGCUCCAUGCAAACUCGACCCAGGCACAGCAUUGGUACUGGUCACCAGCAGGUACGUGCAGCUGUCCCACACUGUGCAUUUGUAGAAGCUGUGGCCCUCCAUCUUCUGGCCUGGGUCAUAUUAAUUGCAGAGUCCUCUCUACAUUCAUGGCCCUGACUAUUUGAUAG